AUGGCUCACCCCAAGGGUUCGCGCUCCAAGGCUCCCGUGGACGUGUCUACUGCUAACGCGGGUGUUCCUCCUGCUCCUGAUGCACCGCUGCAAUCGGAAAGUGUUCAGACAACGGGAGGGAAGGAGUUUGGCGCAGCCGACAAUGACGCUGUGGCUGGUGGAUCUGGCCUUUCGGUUGCUGAGAAUGCCAAGUUACCUGUUCACGGUGGUGCUGACGAAAUCCUCUUGGAUGAUGAAGACUCGGACGACGAAAUGUUGGUGGAUCUGGAGAAGGAGACCGAGUCCAGGCUUCGGACCACUGUUAUUCUGCUGAUUCCGUUUUCGCUUAAUACGGAGAUUGUGCUGCAGCCUGCGUACAUCGCCAAGACGCGCUACUGCCGUUUGCAGCUCUCCUUCACUCUGCCUGAUGACGCGGCAAAAGUGACAAGGAAAGAAGUGGUGUAUCAGCGUCUUAAUGGUCACCUGGUCAAGCUCUACUGGCAGCACACUGAACAUGCUGGCUUCGCAAGGGAGAAGGCUUGUAACCCACAGGCGGUGGAGGUGGUGCUGAAGGGAGUCUCUGCUUCGGUUGAUCUGUAG